CCUGAAUCUCCCAUAGCAUCUCUGUGUUAACCAGCAGCCCCAUGGAGAGAACACCUCAGUGUUAAGGCCAUGGAAAUGAGCACUGAACACUCUGUGCCCCCGGUGAAGAAAGGAGAGCUGAGUUGCUGAGUUCCUCCUCAGUUAUGAUGAGAAAGGAAACGGAUUUAGAGUUCUGCACUUCUAACCUGGAUUCCUCAGCUCUCAGCAGAAUCCAAAAUCUUUUCAUGGGAACAGCUGAGUGUGACCAUCCACUGGUGCUAGCACAGGGCAGCCAUGACCUUGACUGAAAGACAAACCAGCUUACCUCACUGCACUGAGGGACAGUGUCUCGCUGGACCCAAGAUAUUUCACUUGGCAUGCAUUGCAAAUGCCAAGAAUUUCUGCUUUAAAACCAAUCCUAAUGUGUUGUGGGGCAAGAAGGGAAAAAUAAAGAAAGCAAUACCACAGAGCCCUGCUAUACUUUGUGAAACUGAGAAAAAAACUGCUUUAUAUCUCAUGUAUUUUAAUCUGAGAUCACUCUGUAUUUUUACUUUCUUCUUGCUUUUGGCCAGGACUGACACCAACACACUCCACAGCAGAGCUCUCUGUUCCCAGUGGCAUCCUCAGUCAGCAGCAACCAGGGCUCAAGCAAAGAUCUUUCAGAAAAGGCAGAGGCAGUUAGGGAGGUUUCAGCAAGAUAUGAAGCAGGCUUUUCUCAAAGAGAUCUACUAUAAUGUUGUAUUGCUUUUCCUUCCUUUAUCAGGUCCCCAUGCCCAGAGGCAGCAGAUGCCUAACAGCAGCUCCAUCAGUGAGUUCCUCCUCCUGACAUUCGCAGACACACGGGAGCUGCAGCUCCUGCUCUUCUGGCUCUUCCUGGGCAUCUACCUGGCUGCCUUCCUGAGCAACUCCCUCAUCAGCACAGCCAUAGCUUGUGACCACCGCCUGCACACCCCCAUGUACUUCUUCCUCCUCAACCUCGCCCUCCUUGACCUGGGCUGAAUCUCCACCACUCUCCUCAAAGCCAUGGCCAAUGCCCUCUGGGACACCAGGGACAUCUCCUAUGCUGGAUGUGCUGCACAGUGCUUUCUGUUUGUCUUUCUGAUUUCAGCAGAAUAUUUUCUUCUCACUGUGAUGUCCUAUGACUGCUACAUUGCCAUCUGCAAGCCCCUGCACUACAGGACCCUCCUGGGCAGCAGAGCUUGUGCCACCAUGGCAGCAGCUGCCUGGGUCAGUGGGAUUCACAAUGCUCUAUUGUACACUGCUAAUACAUUUUCACUGCCACUCUGCCAAGGCAAUGCUGUGGACCAGUUCUUCUGUGAGAUCCCCCAGAUCCUCAAACUCUCCUGCUCAGAAUCCCACCUCGGGGAAAUUUGGGCUACUGUAGUUGGUGUCUCUUUAGCAUUUGGAUGUUUUGUUUUCAUUGUUCUGACCUAUGUGCAGAUCUUCAAGGCUGUGCUGAGGAUGCCCUCUGAGCAGGGACAGCACAAAGCCUUUUCCACGUGCCUCCCCCACCUGGCUGUGCUAUCCCUGUUUGUCACCUCUGCCAUGUUUGCCUGUCUGAAGCCCUCCUCCAUUUCCUCCUCGUCCCUGGAUCUGGUGGUGGCAGUUCUAUACUCACUGAUUCCUCCAACCUUGAACCUUGAACCCCCUCAUCUACAGUGUUAGAAACAAGGAGCUCAAAUGUGCUGUUAGGAAAGUCACUUCACAAAUGUUUCUGAAUUGUGAUCAGUUUACUCUCUGUUUUUGCAGUCUUUAGUGUCAUUACAU